UCAAAUUUACACGUCUCUUUUAUGCCCCCACCUCCAUAAAAUCUUUCUCUUUUUUCCUCGUAAACUCCCUUUCUCUUUUCUCCUCUCCCCAUUUCGGAUCGACCCUUCUCCACUACGGCACUCCCAUUUUCUUUUCCCAGAAAGCUCCGAUUUCCAGGUUUUAUCAGGCCAUUGUGUAAGAUUACGUAAAGAAUCUGCAAGGUUUGCAGUUGGCCUGAGCCAGAAGUUUCUUCCCUUCUUUUCAACUGCCAUGUUCUCCAGAAGGUGUAUUAUGUAAGGUGAAAUUGCAGGACUUAUCAAGAGGUAAUAUGGAAGAUAGCAAGAUGUCACGUGCUGCUUAGGUGCAGUUGAUCAUAUGAAGCUUGAAAUCAUCUUAAUCUAAAAAGAAGUGAUACUCAUCCUAGUGUCCUGGACAUGGGAUGGAUGUGGCUUGUGUAUGUUUUCUUCUUUCUAUUAAAUGCGAGGGAGUCUGUCGGCAGUUCUGGGAAAGCAUGGUUUCUAGAAAUGGCUACUGGGACAUCAUCUCUCUACAGCUGGAGUAUCACUAGUUCAAGCAUAUUUGUGCUUACAGCUCUGGUGCUAUCUAUGUAUCUCAUCUUUGAGCACUUAGCAGCUUACAAUCACCCAGAGGAGCAGAAAUUCCUAAUAGGGCUCAUACUAAUGGUUCCUGUGUAUGCUUUAGAAUCGUUCUUGUCGCUGUUGGAUUCAAAAGCUGCAUUUAACUGUGAAGUAAUACGCGAUUGCUAUGAAGCUUUUGCAUUGUACUGCUUUGAGAGAUAUCUCAUUGCUUGUCUAGGCGGAGAAGAAAAGACAAUUGAAUUUAUGGAAAGCCAAAGUAUCAUAAGUUCUGGCUCGCCCCUUUUGGAAGAAGCAUAUACUUAUGGUGUUGUAGAGCAUCCAUUCCCUCUCAAAUACUUCAUGAGGGAGUGGUAUCUUGGGAAAGAUUUCUAUCAAGCUGUUAAAAUUGGCAUAGUUCAAUAUAUGAUACUGAAGUUGAUAUGUGCACUAUUAGCAAUACUUUUGGAAGCUUGUGGCGUGUACGGAGAAGGGAAAUUCCAGUGGAAUUAUGGCUAUCCCUAUUUGGCAGCAGUUCUUAACUUCAGUCAGACAUGGGCUUUAUAUUGCCUCGUUCAAUUCUAUUCAGUCACGAAAGAUAGACUUGAACCAAUCAAGCCUUUGGCAAAAUUUCUUACUUUCAAGUCAAUAGUAUUCUUGACAUGGUGGCAAGGAAUAGCUGUUGCUUUCCUUUUCUCAAUAGGAGCCUUCCGGGGUUCCUUGGCUCAGGAGUUGAAGACACGUAUUCAGGACUAUAUAAUAUGUAUUGAGAUGGGUGUUGCAGCUGUGGUUCAUCUUUAUGUGUUUCCAGCAGUAUCUUACAAACGUGGAGAACGGUGUGUUAGAGAUGUUGUUGUUAUGGAUGACUAUGCAGCCUUAGGUACCCCUCCAGACCCAGAGGAGGUUAGGGAUGGUGCCAAAUUCACCAGGAUGCGCCUAGCUCGACAUGAUGACGACAGAGAAAAGCGUUUAAAUUUUCCUCAAUCAGUUCGUGACGUGGUGGUCGGUAGUGGAGAAAUCAUUGCGGAUGACAUGAGGUUCACAGUAUCCCAUGUGGUAGAGCCAGUUGAAAGGGGUUUUGCAAAAAUAAAUAGAACCUUCCACGAGAUAUCAGAAAAUGUAAAGAAACUAGAGCUGAAGAGGAGCUCCAAGGAUGAUAGUGUGAUCCCAUUAAAUUCAUGGAGAAAAGAUUUUAAUGAUGAUGAUCAUCUUCCAGAAGGGAGUAUUAGUGACAGUGGUUUGGCUUGGGGAUCGAGAUCACAACAUGUCAAAUAUAGAAGUUCAUCGUCCCAGUUAGGAUAGCCCAGAGAAAGAUGCUGAUAGUUUACCUCACUUUUAUACGAGUAGUCAAGUCAGUCCGUACUGACGGUCUGAAAUCAGCAUAUCAUCCCACUGGUGUGUUUAGUCACCUAUUUUGUUUUCCUUGUAUUUCCUAAUCUAAGUUACGACCACGACCGAUGACAGGUUAGAGGCAAGAGCUAAUUUGACAAAUAGUAGAAGGUGCUAACUGAUUUUACAGUGAACAGCAGAAAAUUAGAUGUCUAGCUGAUUUACUUGUACAGAUAACAAAAAAAAAACCCAAAGAAAAUAGAACCGUGUCUAUUUGAACAUAUAUCUCCUUGUAAAUGAAUAACAAAAUUUGAUAGUAAUCAUUGCAUGGAGAAAUAAAUAUGUUGAAACUUGAAACUUGAAACU